CUAAUUCCGAUUCCGAUUCCGAUUCCCUCUUUCUCGAUUCUCUAAAGGAAUCUCCCCUGCAGCGAUGAAGCCACUGUCACUCUCCGCCACGGCGGCGGCAUUGGUGGUUCUCCUCGCCGUCGCUUCCUCCAUCUACCACCCUCACUUCCUGUACCAGCCAUGGCUGCGCGGCCGAGACGCGGCGGAUUUGGUUGUGAUGAAUGGGACUAUAUACACCGGCGACGCCGCUUCCCCUUUCGCUGAUUCAAUGGCCAUCCGUCGCGGCCGGAUUCUCCGAGUUGGAAAUUAUUCCACCAUUAAGAAGUCGGUUGGGUCCAUGACUAGGAUGGAGAAUCUACAGGGGAAAGUGGUUGUUCCUGGAUUCAUUGACUCACAUGUGCACUUCCUUUUUGGAGGAUUACAGAUGGGUCAAGUUCAACUCCAUGGCGUCAGCCGAAAAGAACACUUUGUGAACAAGGUUAAAGAGGCAGUAUCAAAUAAGCCACCUGGAACUUGGUUGCAGGGUGGUGGUUGGAACAAUGAUCUGUGGGGGGGAGAACUUCCAAUAGCAUCAUGGAUUGAUGAUAUUACGCCUCAGAAUCCUGUGUGGCUGUCAAGAAUGGAUGGUCACAUGGGCUUGGCUAACUCUCUAGCAUUAAAACUUGCUGGAAUAUCUAAUAACACGACGGAUCCUGAUGGUGGAACUGUCAUGAGAAACAGUCUAGGAGAACCUACUGGUCUGUUGAUUGAUUCUGCCAUGAAGCUCAUCUUUUCCUGCAUCCCGGAGGUCUUAGUGGAGGAUAAGAGGGAAGCUCUUUUGAGAGCUAGUGAUCAUGCCUUAAGCAAAGGCGUCACAACAGUUGUUGAUAUGGGGCGAUAUUUUCCUGGCGCGUCAACAGAGCUCUCUUGGGAAGAUUUCUCAGAUGUCUACAAAUGGGCCAACCUAUCAGGAAAGAUGAAGAUUAGGGUUUGCUUAUUUUUUCCAAUCGAAACAUGGGCUCGGUUACAUGAACUUAUAAAUCGAGUAGGUAGGAAGUUGAGCGAAUGGCUUUACUUAGGUGGUGUAAAAGCUUUUGCUGAUGGAUCAUUGGGUUCUAGUAGUGCACUACUCUAUGAGCCGUAUGUCGAGGAACCACUCAAUCAUGGCUUGCAAGUGACAGACAUAGAUAAGCUGUACAAUUUAACUCUCGCUUCUGAUAAGGCCGGUCUUCAGGUCGCCAUUCACGCCAUAGGUGACAGAUCCAACGACGUGAUCUUGGACUUGUACAAAUCAGUGGCUACUGAGAAUGGAAUCAGAGAUCGAAGAUUCAGGAUCGAGCACGCACAGCAUUUGGCUCCUGGAACGGCACCCAGAUUUGGUGAACAAGAAAUUUUUGCUUCCGUGCAGCCUGAUCACUUAUUAUAUGAUGCUGACUCCGCUAUAAAAAAACUUGGUCUGGAAAGGGCAAAUGGAGGAUCAUAUUUAUUUAAGUCGCUCCUUGCAGGGGACGCACAGUUGGCUCUUGGCUCUGACUGGCCAGUUGUCGAAAUAAAUCCUUUGAGAAGCAUAAAGUCAUCAAUGAGAAGAGUGCCUCAUGGUUGGGGGAAUGCUUGGAUUUCGUCUGAAUGCAUUGAUCUAAACGAUGCAUUGAACGGGUAUACCAUUUCUGCUGCUCGAUCGUGCUUCCUUGAUGAAGAAAUCGGGUCUCUAUCACCGGGUAAAAUGGCUGACUUUGUGGUUCUGUCCGUGGAUUCAUGGGAUGAGUUUGCUGCAGAAGUUUCUGCAUCGGUUGAAGCGACAUACGUUGGUGGAGUAAGAGCAUAUGCCCGAGACCUCAUAGAAGAUUCAUAGUAGCAUUGAUCAAAAUCACAAAGCUUUUGAGUUGCAAUGCAUCAUAUGCAUAUGACAGGUUCAUUUGUACGAGUAGUCAAUGUUUCUAUCUAGCCUUGGGGUUAUUCUCAAUCGUUUUCUUUCAACGAUGUAAUAUUGCUAUUUUGUUUAUUUUGUUGGAUUAAUUAAUUGCUGAUUUAACGUGUUAA